UACCGUCCGGAAAUCUCACGGUUCUCGUUUAUAGGUUAGGUGUAUGUCUGGCGUACGAGAAAACUACCGAUAAAAGUGUUCACUCUUGCAUGGCGCCAUCAACGUCUUUGAAAUUCGGUUCUUGCACAGUUUUCUAUUAGAUAUUUAGUGACCGUCAUUUGGAUGAAAAGUGUAAAGUUGCGUUAAGUAUGUGAAAAGUAUUUUUCACGAAAUUGCGAGCAACCUAAAUGUUCUAGACUUAUAGAGUCUUUAGUCGGAACUUUAGGAAUGGAGAAGUGCAUUUGAGUGUAGCCUAAACCUCUAUAUUAAAAUGAAGUCAUUGUCCAGUUGACCCUUUGCCACAAUUGCUCAAAACUGUGGAUGAAUAUGGGAAGCAGGCAGUAAAAUGGAACGUCGACGAUCAAUUAGGAAACCAAAUAGACGCUACCGACGUCCAUGGCUGAAGAAAUGCAAAGAAUACAUCAGAAACUUUAUUGCGUUUAUGUUCAGCAAUGUCGGCAUAAUUGGCCUAGUGAUUGGCUACACAAUAGCCGGUUCCUUUAUUUUCCAGUUCCUGGAAAGAGGAAAGCAAAUAGAGGUGCACGUUAAUGCCAUAGGAAACAGGUCUUUUUAUGCUCAAAGGCUGUGGAACCUCACGAUGGAUUUAAAUUAUAACGUUAAACUUCACGAAAAGGACUACCGAGCAGCCGUGGCAGGAGAACUUAUAAAAUUUCAAAAGAACUUCGUCAAUCUAACUAGGAAGGGCUACGAUGGCAGUGACGAUGUGGCUGGAGAAAAAUCUUGGAGUUUUGCUGGAGCGUUCUUAUUUUCUUUGACAGUGAUUACAACAAUAGGUUAUGGAAACAUUUGGCCUCGUACUCCCGACGGAAAAAUAGCUAGCAUAGUUUAUGCUAUAAUUGGCAUGCCGUUGUUCCUACUAUAUCUAUCAAAUAUUGGGGAUGUAAUGGCCAGAUCCUUCAAGUGGAUUUAUGCUAAUUUGUGUUUAUGCAGAUGGUGUCCUGGUGUGGCCAAAAGAAGAGCCGAACGUCGUAUGAGGAGAGAUCAGCAGAUGCACGCAGAAUCCGCAAGUGAAGCUGGAUCGAGAAAUAGCAGUAGCAUUGGUUCCGCAGAUGUUAACAUAGCAAUGAACGUGUUGAGUCCAGCUGGAUCAACAGCUAGUGAUGGAAUGACCAAUUACACCGAUGAAUCUUAUGAUGUUCAAAACGUUACAGUUCCUAUUACAGUGUGUUUGAUGAUCAUGGUAGGGUAUAUAUGUGGUGGAGCAAUUUUGUUCUGUCAAUGGGAGUACGAUUCCGGCUGGACAUUUCUUGACGCCUCGUACUUUUGCUUCAUUUCCCUAAGCACUAUUGGAUUCGGAGAUUUUGUGCCUGGUGAUAAAAUCUACGGGCAAGGCAAAAUUGAAGAAAUCCUGGAGCUCAAAUUUGUGUUCUGUUCCAUGUACUUGAUGCUUGGCAUGGCUUUGAUUGCUAUGUGUUUCAAUUUAAUGCAGGAGGAAGUAAUUAAUAAAAUUCGAACCACCAUCAGAACAAUAAAGUAUAUCUUUCGAUGUAGAUGAAAACAGCAGUGAAAAUUACAUUAUUCAACCUGCAUAAAAAGUAUAGGUGCGAAGCAGAAAUAUUGCCAUUGCCGAAGGACAAAUAUGGAAAUAGGAAACUCAACACAAAGGAUAAGAGAAGACUGAAAACCACUUUAUGUUUCACUGCCUACGUUGUUUACCUACACACAGUAAAAUGGUUUCCAUAAAACAUCAGCAAACAAUCUACUGCACGGAUAGUUUAGUAAUAUUUUUUUAAAUAAAGUGUAAAUUUUU